AUGAACGGCGACGAUCCUUUCGGCCGAGGUUCCGGGGACGACGACGGGUCGUUCGGUGGCGCGAGGCUCAUGGACUCGCACGGCGAGAACCCGUUCGCCAACGAGGGUGACGACGACGACGGAGAGGUGAGCGUCACGCCGUCUGCCUCGCCCGCCGCGCCUCACGAUCCCCACGUCGCACCCGCGAUGAGACCCGACGCGAUCGAUUCCCGUCGACCCGAACGACCCGGCCAAUACCCGCGCGACUCGCGUCGAGAUCUGGAAGCGCCCGACUCGGCUGACAAAUGUUCCAUUUCUCCGCCCGCCCCACCCCCGCCGCAGUUCACGGACCAUCCCUUGUCCUCCCCGCCUCCGGUCCCGGACGACCUCGCGCGGUCCGUGCAGAACGUCUCCGUCGCGGACGAUCCCCUCGGCGCUCCGUCGGCGGCGACACCCGCGAUGGACCUCGGCCCCCUGGGCACCCCCGCGGCUCCCGAUCCGCCGCGAUCGGAACCCGCCCCAGUCGCCGCCGCUCCCGCGCCCGCGGCGCCCUCCCCGACCCCGCCGCGUCCCCCCGCGGCGCCCGUCGCGACGCACAGCGCGUCCGCGAUGGGCGUCAGCUACGGCGACCUCCUCGCGCCGCCCCCGUCCUACGCGGACUCGGUCAUGUACGCCGAUCCCGUGGGGUACCGGCCGGGCGCGUCGUCCGAGAUGCAUCCGAGGGUGCCCGGCGACGGGGGGUUCGGCGGCACAGCUGGCGCGGCCAUGAGCCGGACGACGCACGGCGGCAUCGCACACACCACCGGAGACGUGCGCGCGUCCUUCGCCCCGCCGCCCGUACCCGGGGCGGGCGUCGCCGCGGCCCCGACCGGCGAACCCAGACAGAUGAACUCCGCCCCCGCGACGAACACGAACGAGCCCCCCCUAAACCUAAACCUCGCGGGAACCCCGCCCACACCGUCCUAUGUCCCGCCCACCGCGGGCAGGAACUCGCCGGGUAUCUACCAGAGCUCAAUGCGGGGCGUGCUGGAGACUUCAGUGUCGGAUCCGCAGGCGAGCGCCAACGCGACGGGCGCCUUUGGCAAGAAGAUUGUGCUCUACCGCGUCGCGGCGAGGUGCGACUUUCCCGAGUACGUCCUGCAGGAGCACGUCACCUGGCGGCGAUUCCGCGAUUUCGUGGGCCUCGCCGACCGGCUGGCGGACUCUCACCGCGGGUACUUCGUCCCGCCGAGGCCCGACAAGACCCUGACGUCCAGCAGCGACGAGGACUUUGUCACGCGUCGGAUGCAGCAGCUGGACGCGUACCUGCGACGGCUCGCGUCUCACCCCGUGCUGCGUCACUCGAAGGAGCUCCGCGUGUUUCUCACGGCGCAGAACCUGGAGGCUGACGAGACGUGGUAUCGCAUGAAGAACAAGGUGCCGGUGCCGAUGCCGGUGCCGAUGCCCCCGCCCGGCCAGGCGCACGUCAUGCCCAUGCCCGGGCAGGAGAACCAGUUUGGGGGAGUGAACCCCCAGCAGACGCCGCCGGGGAUGACGGCGCCGUACCAGCCGCCGGCCGCGCCCGUGACCUCACCGACGCGUAGUCGCGGGGCUGGUAAGUUUUUCAAGGAGAUGAAGCAGACCAUCGUCCAGUCCACGGCUGUGGGGAUGAUGGGCGGCGCGUUCGGCCUGGAGACGCAUAAACCCAAAAUCGUGGAGGAGGAUACCGCGUUUAUAACCGAGAAGGACCGCGUCUUGCGCAUGGAGCAGGAGCUCGCGAUCGCGUCGCAGAAGGCCGAGCGGGUCCUCGCCGCGGAGCAGAAACACUCGGACGCCCUCGGAGAGCUCGGGCUGGAGUGCCUCAAGCUGUCCAAGAUGGAGGAAGAGGAAGCCGGCCGCAUGGGGUCUUACACGGCGGCGGGCGCCGCGUGCCAGGACAUGGCGUCGCAGGCGAGGAAGAUGGGCAACGCGACGAUUCGUAUCUCCAGGCUAUCCCGCAGCGCCAACAACGCGUCCGCCAAGUCGCUCGACCCGCUGCACGAUUACCUCGGCAUGAUGCCGGCGGUGCGAAAGGCUGUGGCGGACCGGGCGGAGACGCUGUUGACGCUCCAGACGCACCUCGCCGACGUGGACUCGAAAAAGGCUCGGCUCGCGAAGCUCGAGAUGGACUUCUCCAAGAUGCACAAGGCCGAGAUGCUCAGGCGCGAGCUCGCGGCGGACGAAGCGGCGGCGGAGGCUGCGCGGACGGAGUACUCGCACAUCCAGGGCCGGCACCAGGAGGAGUUCAGGCGGCUGGAGGAGAGCAGGAGCCGAGAGUUCAAGGCUAUGUGGCUGGCGUUUGCCAGGACGCAGGUGAGGCACACGGAGAAGGUGCUGCAGGUGUGGCGGGCCGUCGCGGAGGACAUGGGCGCGGACCCGAGCGAGUGGGCCGACAUGUCCCUCGCGUAUAAACCCACCCCCGAGAACACGCCGUGAACGCGAGAUUCUAACCAAAUGUAAUCGAACCGCACGAGCACGAGGUUGACUUUUUUUC